AUGCCUUUGGAAUGUUCCUCAGCUAUCCACUAUUUCUCAAGAUGUAGUAUGGGUGGCAAUAUGGCAUUCUUCAAUUCUUCAGAAAGAGAAAAUUACAGCAAUGGCCAUGAAAGACUUUUCGGAUUAACCAAGCUGGAAGUUCUUGAAUUGUGGGGUACUGAUCGGUUUAGCGAUAACGAAUUUCUAUCGAUGCUAAAUCUGAAUGAUUUUAUCAAUUUGAAGGAACUCGACCUAAGUGUAAAUAAACUUAGAAGCUUGGGUACCAUUUAUGGUCUAAAAAAUUUGAAGGUCCUUAAUUUACGUUAUAAUUACUUCAAUAAUAGCAUUUUCUCCUCACUUCACGGGCUAUCAUCACUCAAGUCUCUAGAUCUCUCUUGGAAUGAACUAAAAGGAACCAUCCAAAUGAAAGGUUAG